AUGGGUGGUACCCUUAAGCUAAUCAGGGGGCAGUGGGAAGCCGCUGAUCUCCUCUUACGAUUCUUGCAGCUCUCUUGCGGAGUCGCAUCGUCGGAGGACAUGAAGCCGUACCUCAUUCCCGACCCUACAUGGCAACACUCAAAUCUGAAUGGGGCUUUGGGUGUGGUGCUGCACCUGCUGAGCUACAGGGAUAGGGGCAGGUUUCGUUUUGCAAGGGAGGUUGCUCGACUCUUCUCCUUCAUCUUCCUGCAGCUGGUUGCCAAGGCCACUCUGAACAAAAACGUCCAGAUUAUUCCCCUGCCCACAUCUAGCAGCGACCUCCCCGGUGGGACACCCUGCAACCUGGCAGGAUGGGGCAGGAUUGAUGACCACCGGAACACGGAGAAGCUCUUUGAGACCAACGUCACCAUCUACAGUCGUAAGAAGUGCAUGAAGUUCUACCCAGAGCUGGAGGACAGCAUGAUCUGCGCAGGCAGCUACAACCAGCUCCGGGAUACAAGCCAGGGCGAUUCCGGAGGCCCCAUGGUGUGCAACGGCGUGGUGCACGGAAUCGUCUCCUACGGCAACCACUUUCCUCCUGGAGUUUACGCUCGCAUCGGCCACUUCCUUCCCUGGAUCAAGAAAACCAUGGGAUCCUGAAGAGAAGAAGCAGCCAGCGACCGCGGCCUUGCUCACUAAGAAACCUUCUGCUUGCUAUAUAACCUGUAUGGCUUUCGUUCUGCA